CUCAGACAAGAGUAGUCGAACACCAAGCCGCGUGAACCCACCGACCUCCACCUUGCACACAGACGGUUGGACUUGGACUUCAAACAUUUCUGUCAAAGUUUGCUUACGCGCUUAUCAUCAUUCGUUCACCAUGGCAACGUCCGUGAAGCUAAACACCGGGGCAGAUAUGCCAAUCGUCGGCCUGGGCACGUGGAAGUCUCCUCCAGGUAAAGUGACAGAGGCUGUUAAAGCUGCCAUUGCUGCAGGCUACAGACACAUUGAUGGGGCCAUGGCGUACGAAAACGAAACCGAGGUCGGAGAGGGAAUUCAGGCCAUGAUAAAAGAUGGUGUGGUUAAAAGAGAAGAACUGUUUGUGGUCAGCAAGCUCUGGUGCACUUUUCACGAGAAGUCUCUCGUCAAGGGGGCUUGUCAGAAGACUUUAAGUGAUCUGAAGCUGGAUUACCUGGAUCUUUACCUAGUUCAUUGGCCAAUGGGAUUUAAGGCUGGGUCAGACCUAUUUCCACUGGACAGUGAGGGCUUAACCAUCAGUGACAACACUAAUUUUUUGGACACUUGGGAGGCCAUGGAGGAGUUAGUGGAUGCUGGGUUGGUUAAGGCUAUUGGUAUCUCUAACUUCAAUCGAGAACAAAUCGAAGCUAUCCUAAAUAAACCAGGACUCAAGUACAAACCUGCCAACAAUCAGAUUGAGUGCCAUCCAUACCUGACUCAGGAGAAACUAAUAAGCUACUGUCAUUCUAAAAACAUUACAGUGACUGCGUACAGUCCCCUGGGUUCACCAGAUAGACCAUGGGCCAAACCAGAAGAUCCUUCGCUACUUGAUGACCCAAACAUCAAAGCCAUAGCAGAGAAGCACAAAAAGACUACCGCCCAGGUCCUGAUCCGCUUCCAGAUGCAGAGGAAUGUUAUUGUCAUCCCCAAGUCCAUUACACCUCAGCGGAUUCAAGAUAACUUUCAAGUCUUUGAUUUUGUGCUGAGCGAUGAGGAAAUGCAGACCAUCUUGAGCUUUAACAGGAACUAUAGGGCUUGCCCAAUGCAUUGGGGGGUGAAGCACAAAGACUUCCCAUUUAAUGCUGAAUAUUAAAAAGAAGAACAUGAUCAAAACAUGCUGUUCGGUCGAACUGGAUUUCUGUUUUUUUGUAUUACUGCCAUUGAAGCUUACAGUUUAUGCUUGACGUGUGGAUUCCAAAAAUCCAAAGCAAAUAAGUCUUAUGUCAAGAGCUAGAUGUAUGAAAUACACUGGCUCAAAUGCUUUUUGUCCAUUCACUGUUGUCUGUUAAAGCAUUAAAAAUGUUGAAACAGG